GCACCUUAGUCGACCGCGUUAUAUCGUUUCGUGUAAUCGUAUCUUGGAUGAUAUCAUCGGUGUGUCGUGUGCGUUCCGAGUUCCGGUGUUAACAUUUUUCAAUUCAUUAGUGCUUUUUUAAAAUUAUUUAUUAGUUAUAAUAAGUUAUAAUAAUUAAACUCUUUUGUGUCGUUGAUUAUGUCGGUUAUUAAAGUUUUGUGAUAAUAGAGUUAUUUUUUUCAAAUUUUAAAUAUAGGACUUUUAAUUAUUGUGACAAAAUGUGAUAAAUAUCAGUAACUUAUAAUGAAAUGAGUAUCCGUGAUGACCAUGAAGAUGUCAACCACAUACAGCUAGCGACCUGCAAAGACGACGGACAUCCGACAAAUUUUGAAAAUGUCGGUCCGACAAGUGCCGAAUUCCGGUGUGUCGACAGAGAAGACUUUUGCAAAAACCCACUGGUGGUCAGCUCGAGUACGCUGGAAACACAAGGCGAAUCGCCCAAGUGCAUGUAUCAUUUACUGUCACCGACUGUGCCGGCCAAGACACCUGUAGACCCUAGAUUUUCUUCGGAUAAACCACCACGGGUACGAAUGAUAUUGCCCGAGCUCAAUAGAGUUCUAUGCAGCAACCGCGUAAGCCAAAUGACAAAAACCUAUAAUGAUAUCGAAGCAGUAACCCAACUAUUAGCUGAAAAAGAAAAAGAUUUGGAGCUAACAGCACGUAUUGGCAAAGAACUUUUGACCGGCAACCAGACGCUUGAAGCCAGGGUGGGUUUGCUUGAGACAGAGUUAAAAACUGUCAAUGAGCGUUACACACAGGCUUCGUACGAGCUGCAGAAAAAAAACGACCUCAUCAAAAUACUCAGCAAUGAUGCCGACGAAACUGGCUACGAAGGGAAUGAUGAUGCAGUUGAAAACGAAAAGUAUUACGGCGUCAGUGUCGGUUAUUUGCAAACACGACUCAAAAAUCUGGAAGACGAGAACCGUAGCUUGCGUGGUGAGGCGAACAGACUUGCAAUGGAAACCGACGAGGUAGAAGCAAAGGAAGCACAACUAAUGUCGGACUUUGCAUCUCAACUCAGUGUCACGAGGUCUGACCUGUCCGUUAUCAUGGAACAAGCAGACAAGCACAGGGAAGAGAACGUAACACUGCAUAACAACUGCGAGUUCCUACGCUCAAAGUUGGCCAGCAUCGAGACGUCAUUAAAAAUUAAAAAUGACGAGAAUGAUGAACUUAUGGCCAUGUUGAUGUUGGCAAGGGACACACAAAAUGAGUUGGCAUCUGAAAUUGUUGAAGUGAAAAAACAAUAUGAAGAAGCACUUACCAUGCUUCAUGAAUGUCAAACCGAACUCAAAGGAUAUAGGGACAAACACAUACCGCUAGCUCGAGCUGGCCCACUAUUCACAUCUCUUCCACCAUACUUGAACUCAAAUGGGCUGCACAGCCAUGGUCACAGCUCUUUGGAAAGCUCAUUGUUUUCUGAACUUAGUCUGGAUUCAGGAAUAUGUACAGGACGAAUGUCUGGGGCAAGUAGUUAUAAGAAGUCUAUUGGAAUGAUGAAGUUGACGUCAGCUAUGGAAACAAGCACUAGAAACUUGUCCAGGCAAACGGCGUACAAUGAUCUUACUGAGGAAUCUCCUACUCAUAGUGACUGCGAUGAUUUCUCUGAUACCGAUUCAUUUAUCAUUGAACAACCUGGUAUACCUGGUGCUCCUGGAUCUGAAGAUUUAGCUAAUGCCUUGAAACGUCUAACACCAGCAUCGAUAAAAGCCAGACGAGCAGCGUUAGGUUCUGGUUUCAUGUUUGCUGAUCCUUAUGACUCAGCAGAUACAAGAACCCCCGACUCGAUUAUGUCUACUGGUAGCAUAAGUUUGACAACUUGGAAAACACCAAAUAAACUACAGUUGGUUAAACCCAUGCAAGGUUCAUUUACGCUACAACAGUGGAAUGCUCAAUCUGUUCCAUCUCUCAGCUCUAUUCUGGAAGAACAACCUCAAGGUGUGAUCAAAAAGAGUGAUUCAACUGCUCCCAUAGCAGGGCUUCCUCAAACGUUUAGACUUGACGAAAUUGAAGAAGACGAACCUCUAACUCACCCUGGAAAAAUGUUUCAAAUGUCCACUCACAUCACUACUAUUACCAAUUCUAUGGUCAUGCAUCCAGAUGAUGGUACAAGUGUUACAACCAGUGUCCGAGGUAGUGCCAUGUCAACUGCAGUAAAUAGCCGCGCUAAUAGUCGAGUGCCCACCAGAGAGACUACACCCAUGUUAUCUAGAAGAAAUUCAACUACAACAUUUUCUACUAAUUGUGGAUUAGCAGCCAUGUUGAAUGAAAGGGGUAUUAGAGCAAUUACACCUUCUGCCCUUGCAACACCUAUGUUUUCUACAACAGCCACACCUUGUAACAGUCCAUAUGGAUCGCCCGGUGGGUCUCCCGAUCGUUCUCGUUCACCUUCGCCAUCAGAUUCUCCUUACUCCCAUCCAUUUGGAUUACCUGGAUAUUUGAUGCACAGUGGUGCCAAAUUGUUAAGAAAGACUUUAACAGGUACUGAAAGAGGAACUGAACAUCACAAGUCUCGCAAAUCAAAAUCACUCAUAAGGCCAGACAAAAAGACAUUGGCUGGUAUACGACUUGUAGAGACAAUGAAACACUAUAUACCAACUGUUCCACCAGAUAUGUCUGGUCAUCCUGUAUUCGACAUAGGAGACUGUGUUCCACCUAAGCCUGAAAAUGGUGCAUUGCAACGACGUCUAAAACAAUUGGAUAGUGGUAAUGAUACUGGCGGUCCCAGACUUCGUAUGGAUUUGGGUACUGUUGGUUCUUCAGCAAAUGAUCCUCAACCUUCGAGGGGGACCCUCAUCAGUUCCAUGUUUUUUGCUCGUAAAGGAGGGUUACUAUAAAAAAAUAUAUUUAUAACUAGUUCGCCUUAAAUGUACAAUGGUGCAAUGUUAAUAUAUAAUUUUAUUCUUAUUAAGUUAUUAUGGAAAUCAAAGGCAAUCAAAUGUAUUUGCUGAUAUAUUUAUCCUACUCAAUUGACCAUAUAUAAGAAUCAAACAUAAUUUCAAAGGCUUUUUUGUUUUUAAAUCAUAAAGUAUGAUUUCCUUACCAACCCUUAGGUUUAUUCUAAAUUUCAAAAAAUAAUGUCAAAAGUAAUUCUAAAAAAUUCAUUGAUAACAACUUUUUUUUCCAAAUAACAGACAAUUUUUUUCUGAUAGGUAAUUAACCAGUAGUACCAAAAGUAUUUUGGUGUAUUAUUUAUUACAUAAAUAGUAACCAUUAAAAUGUUAUGUAUAUUAAUCCUUUAAUAGUCAUGCUUUGCUCAUGCCUAUAAUACGCAAACAACGUAUUUUAGAUGCUUUAAGGUGCUAUAUAAUUUAAUUUAUAUAUAUAUUGUUUAGUUUCUUAUUUAAAUAAGUCUCUUGAGACUGCAUUGUUGUGUUGAUUAUUUCAAUUUGUGUAGCUCUUACACAACAAUUUAUGCUUUAAGGCAAUAAUAUGAACUCUAAUUAUUAUUUAAUUUCUUAUUUUUCUUUCCUUUUUCUGCCUGUAGUCAAUAUAUAUUUCCACAAAAUCCGACAAUAUUUAUAUAUUUAAUCCCUUAUUAAAAUUCUAUUUAAAUUUGAAUUUUGAAAUAUGUUAAUUACAUCGCACAAAGUAUUCAAUAAUAAUUGUCUAUUAUUGCAUUUAAAGUUAAAAUCAUUAAAAAUUAGUUUUUUUUUUUAUAUAAUUCAAUUAGUGUACGUAAUUAGAGUUAUUUUCAUCUCAACCUAAAAGAAAUUAUCGGUGCGAUUAUUUAUAACUUUAUUAUUUUUUAUUAUUUUUUGUUUUUUUUAGAUAAGUUUUUACUAUUAAUUUUAUGAUAAUUAAGUUUAUUUUUCCUUUUACCAAAUAAUUCUUUUACCAAAUUUUCAAUUUUUUUUUUUUAGGUGUGUCUAGUUUUCAUUUCUUUAACCUUUAAAGAUCAAAUAACUAUUCGAUCAAUAUUACUUUAAAAAAUGAAUUACAAUAUUGUUAUUGAUGAUUAAAUAAUAAUAAAAACUGGACAAGCAUAAAUAGUUUUAAAAACAAGUAUCCUUUUAGUUUGCUUUAAGUAUGGUUUUUUUAUACAGUAUUCUUUCAUACUGUUCACUCCAAGUGACCCGAUUUUAGAAUGCGUUAUACGUACCUAUAUUGUACAUAUAUUUUUAUUUGUUUGUUAUUAUGUUGCGCAUUAUCUCGGCGUAAUAAUUGCAAAAUAAGUAUUUCUGUGUUAAAGUCUCUCGUGCGCAAAUGGAGACAUUUUCUGUAAGCGUAAGAGAAAAAUUAAACAUUUCUUUUAGUUAUGAAUGUUGUUUAUUAAGUGAUGGAGCCCCAAGGUUCGAUAUAUAUAAUAUAAAAAAAAAAAAAUAUUUUGACGAGACUGACUUAGUAUUCAACCAAAUUUUGUACAUUUACUAUAUUUUUAAUUAGUUAGGUUAGGCAAAAUGUUUUCCAACCUGUGACAUCCUCUUUUAUUUAGGUUUGAAAAUAAUGUAUUAAUAGUCCAAAAAGUGCUAAUGGUUACACUUUUAACAUGUAAAAUCAAUUGUUGUGUGUAUUAGUUGAUGUAAUAAUUUAUUCUGUAUAAUGUAAUUAUUUUUAGCACUAGCUGAAAUAAAUAUAAAGAUGUAUUUGUUGACUGAAGCCAAAC